CCCACAGCAGACGUUGGCAGGGGAAGUACACCACGAAGAGAAUUCAGGAUGCUGCUUUACCACCUAGAGGAAGGAUAAUUGGUGAAAGGGAUCUUUUAACGUCUUGGAUACCGCCCAUAGAUAAUUCAUGAAAUUUCUUCAGCUGAGACGGCCUAAAGUAAAAACGGAGGGAGGACCCGGAAGUAGGGAGGAUCUCCGAGCACGUGAUGGGGGACACGCGGAUGCUGUCACGUGAUCCAACAACCUGCCACUCCUCGGUGCGGAACGCUCUGCGGCUCUUAAAGGUACAGGUCACAGCGCCCCCUGCUAUAGAUGGGGCGGGGGCAGAGGCCGACGGGUGGGGCGUGGGAGGGCGUGAGGUGGCUCGAGAUGGAGUCUGGGGUUCGCCUCAUGGAUCGCGGGGCGCGAGUGCAGCAGGCAGGCCGGAGCUGGGACCGGCAAUGGGGCGUUGAUCCUUCUCACCUGUCAUAGACCUUCACCUAUCCCGUCAAAGCCCACUCUGAAGAACACUCUGUGACUUUGGACCCUCGGGGGACCUGAACUUGAUGCCAUGGGAGGACGUGCAGGCUCGUGGCGGAGCCUUUCGGAUUCCGAGGGGGAGGAGACCACCUCGGAUCCCCAGCCCCCUCUGUUAGACCAUCAGGGCGCCCACUGGAAGAACGCGGUGGGCUUCUGGCUGCUAGGUCUUUGCAACAACUUCUCUUAUGUGGUGAUGCUGAGUGCUGCCCAUGACAUCCUUAGCCAUGAGAGGGUACCUGGGAACCAGAGCCACGUGGACCCAGGCCCAACGCCCAUCCCCCUCAAUAGCUCCUCUCGAUUUGACUGCAACUCUGUCUCCACGGCUGCGGUGCUCCUGGCAGACAUCCUCCCCACCUUUGGCAUAAAGUUGCUGGCUCCUCUUGGCCUUCACCUGCUGCCCUACAGCCCUCGGGUUCUCGUCAGUGGGCUUUGUGCUGCUGGGAGCUUCAUCCUGGUUGCCUUUUCUCAUUCGGUGGGGACCAGCUUGUGUGGUGUAGUCUUGGCUAGCAUCUCCUCAGGCCUGGGGGAGGUCACCUUCCUCUCACUCACUGCCUUCUAUCCCAGGGCUGUGAUCUCCUGGUGGUCCUCGGGUACUGGGGGUGCAGGGCUGCUGGGGGCACUAUCCUACCUGGGCCUCACCCAGGCUGGCCUCUCCCCCCAGCACACCCUGCUGUCCAUGCUGGGUAUUCCUGUCCUGCUGCUGGCCAGCUAUUUCUUGCUGCUCACGUCUCCGGAGCCCCAGGACCCUGGAGGGGAAGAGGAGGCAGAGACAGCGGCUCGGCAGCCCCUAAUAGGCACUGAGGCCCCAGCGUCGAAGCCAGGGUCGAGCUCAGGCCUGUCCCUUCAGGAGAGGUGGACUGUGUUCAAGAGCCUGCUGCAGUACAUCGUCCCCUUGGUCCUGGUGUACUUUGCUGAGUAUUUCAUCAACCAGGGACUUUUCGAGCUCCUGUUUUUCCGGAACACGUCCCUGAGUCACGCUCAGCAGUACCGCUGGUACCAGAUGCUGUACCAGGCUGGCGUCUUUGCCUCCCGUUCUUCUCUCCACUGCUGUCGCAUCCGCUACACCUGGGCUCUGGCCGUGCUGCAGUGCCUCAACCUGGCCAUCCUGCUGGCGGACAUGUGGUUCAGCUUCCUGCCGAGCAUCUACCUUGUUUUCCUGAUCAUUCUGUAUGAGGGGCUCUUGGGGGGCGCGGCCUAUGUGAACACCUUCCACAAUAUUGCCUUGGAGACCAGUAAUGAGCACCGGGAAUUUGCCAUGGCAGCCGCCUGUAUCUCCGACACCUUGGGGAUCUCCCUGUCGGGGCUCCUGGCCUUGCCUCUGCACGACUUCCUCUGCCGUCUCUCCUGACACUCAGGCUCCUCGGGAUGCAGGACAUGCUGACCUGUGGGCAGGUCAGACACCCAGGCCUACCCAUAGCCCAUCCGUGAGCUCUGCCCCGGCCUUACCUGCAGGCUGGGGGUGGGGCAGUGCUAAGGCCUUAUUCCAGUGAGCAGGGGCAGCCGUUGCCUCCCAUUCCCAAGCUGGUCUCGGGGAGUUUCUUCCUGGCAUCAUGCCCUCUGAAUAAAUGACUAUUUUAUC